GGUCAGCAGCAACUCCCGGCUUUGAGUUAAUCAAGUUCUAGAGAAUGUGGAAUCUUCUCUGAGAGAGGACAGAGGAACGUCAGAAUGACCGCAGCUCCUUGAGACGACAAGCGUCAUGGCGGUCAAACUGAACCUUUGCUGCGUCUUCUUCAUCCUGACGGCCGCCACCGUGAAGCCUCAAGUCAAUCCAGAAACGUGUCGCUAUCCUCUGGGCAUGACCGGCGGGCAGAUCCAGGACGAGGACAUCUCUGCUUCCAGUCAGUGGUCCGAGUCCACUGCCGCACGAUUCGGAAGACUGGACUUUGACACCGGCGACGGGGACGGGGCCUGGUGUCCCGACAUCAUGUCGGAGCCGGGCGGCUUCAAGGAGUACCUCCAGGUGGAUUUGCGCUCGCUGCACUUUAUCACCCUCGUGGGCACCCAGGGUCGCCACGCCGACGGCAUGGGCAACGAAUUCGCCCAGAGGUACAGAAUAAAGUACAGCCGGGACGGCGGCAGCUGGAUGGGCUGGCAUGACAGGAUGGGGAAUCAGGUCGUCGAGGGCAACAAGAACACCUACGAUGUGGUCCUGAAGGAUCUCGAGCCCCCCAUCGUCGCCCGCUUCGUCCGCUUUAUGCCCGUCACCGACCCCUCCUCCAUCGUGUGUAUGAGGGUGGAGCUCUACGGCUGUGAAUGGCUGGAUGGCCUGGUGUCUUAUAGCAUUCCAGAUGGACACCAGAUGAUCUACAGAGGCCUGGAUGUCUUCUUCAAUGACUCUGUGUAUGAUGGAGCAACAGCUCAAAGACUGACCAAGGGCCUGGGCCAGCUGACGGAUGGCGCCUGGGGUUUGGAUGACUUUCUGCACAGCCAUGUCCCUGGAGCGUGGCCUGGGUACGACUAUGUGGGAUGGAGCAACAAGACUUUCCCUAAAGGUUACGUAGAGGUGGUCUUUGACUUUGACCACAUCCGCAACUUCACCUCCAUGAAGGUUCAUUGCAGCAACAUGUUCAGCCGUGGAGUGAGGCUGUUCAGACAGGCCACGUGCUUCUUCCGCUCCGAAUCGGAAUGGGAGCCUGACCCCAUGACCUUCAGGCCGUCCGCCGAGCCCCUGAGCCAAAGCGGCCGAUUUGUCACCGUGCCCCUUGGGGAUCGAACGGCCAGCAGCAUCAAGUGCCGUUUUCACUUCGGCGACCAGUGGCUGCUGUUCAGCGAGGUGGCCUUCCAGUCAGGCUCUGCCGUUUACAACACGUCGCUGGGUCCUCACAAGCAAGGACAACCCAAAAAAUCCCUUCUAGGGGAGGAUCCCACUCACAAAGUGGACGACAGCAACACGAAGAUCCUGAUUGGCUGCCUGGUGGCUAUUAUCGCCAUCCUUUUGACUGUCAUAGUCAUCAUACUGUGGAGGCAGGUCUGGCAGAAGAUGCUUGAGAAGGCCUCCCGGCGCUGGUUGGACGACGAGCUGACGGCUCGCCUCGCCGCGCAGACCCAGGCCUUCUCCUUCCUCCGCUCCUCUCAGUCCAGCGAGGACGGUUCCGGCUCCGGCUCCAUCUCCACGUACGAGAGAAUCUACCCCGCCUGCGCCGACUACCAGGAGCCUUCUCGUCUCAUCCGCAAGCUGCCCGAAUUUGCCGAGUGCGCAGAACACCUCAGUAAGGAGGGAGCCGGGGGUCGAAGGUCAACCCUAAGGUCUUCAAAAGCAGCCGAAGCAACAGAUCCUGCAGCGCGUGCUUCUCUUCCAGAGUCGGGAACCUCCAGUAGAGCAGGCGUCGGUUCCGACGGCGCGCCGCAUUACGCCGAGGCGGAUAUUAUCAGUCUGCAGGAGUCCUCGGACAGCGGCUCCAUCACAGCCGUCAACAUGAACCUCUUUGCUGGAUCGGAUUUGACCUUGAGGGAGUUCCCAAAAGAGAAGCUGACCUUCAAGGAGAAACUGGGAGAGGGCCAGUUUGGGGAGGUGCACUUGUGCGAGGCUGAGGACAUGCAGGACUUCUUGGGUGAGGAUACGUUGACGGAAGGUAGCAGCGAGUCUCCUUUGCUCGUAGCUGUGAAGAUGCUACGGGAAGACGCCAACAACAACGCCAGGAACGACUUCCUGAAGGAGAUAAGAAUCAUGUCUCGUCUGAGGGAUCCCAACAUCGUCCGCCUGCUGGCGGUGUGCGUGGACACGGACCCUCUGUGUAUGAUCACGGAGUACAUGGAGAAUGGAGACCUGAACCAGUUCCUUUGCAGUCUCAGACUGAAGACCCUGACUGGUGGCGAGGCAGACCAGCAGGAGGGGAGCGACGAAGUCAGUUCCGUCAAACUGCUCGGCAUGGCGGUGCAGGUCGCGUCUGGUAUGAAGUACCUGUCCUCUCUCAACUUUGUCCACCGGGAUCUGGCGACCCGCAACUGCCUGGUGGGGAAGAACGACACCAUCAAGAUAGCGGAUUUCGGCAUGAGUCGGAACCUCUACAGAGGGGACUACUUCCGCAUCCAGGGACGAGCCGUCCUGCCAAUUCGCUGGAUGUCCUGGGAGAGCAUCCUUUUAGGUAAGUUCACCAUGGCCAGCGAUGUGUGGGCCUUCGGGGUGACUCUGUGGGAAAUCCUGACCCUGUGCAAGGAGCAGCCAUACUCGCAUCUCUCUGACGAGCAGGUGAUCGAAAACACGGGCGAGUUCUUCAGGAACCAGGGCAAGCAGGUAUACCUGCCACAACCUCAGUGUUGUCCUGACAGAAUCUACGUCGAUCUCAUGCUAAGCUGCUGGAGGAGAAACGCUAAGGAAAGGCCAAGCUUCCAGGAGAUACACGCCCAGCUGACGGAGAGCAGAUGAGACACCAAGCAACUUCUAUAGGGUUAAUUAAGCCUGGAAGUGUCAGUUCUAGAUUAACUGGACAAACUGUGGAGCUAAAUUGGGGUCACAAAGUUUGUUCAAAAGAAAAAA